UCAAGUGCUUCUUAAAUCCCAAUUGAAAUUGCAUUGUUGACAUUCAAAACUCUUUCUGCUAUCGCCUUCGCUCUUCCGAACUUUGCACCGAUGUAAUGCACUUAGACUAGUCUUUAGUACACAGGCAAACAAGUUUUGCCUUCAACAGACUAUGUCGAAAGACGCGAAGCCCAAACUUAGCGACGAUAGUGACAGCGAAGAAGACGAGACCAGCACACCAGAAUAUUAUUACAAUCGUGGUAAAUUGCCGACCUACAAAGUAAUACUUUUGGGCGAAGCUGGAUCGGGGAAAACCAGCUUGUUUUCCCGGUACAAAUACGGCGCUUUUCGAAAGGCAACAACUCUUCAAGGCACAGACAGAUUCAAGAAAGAAUUUGUAAAUGAUAAAGGCGAACGAGUACAGAUGAUACUAUGGGACACGGCGGGAAUGGAGAGGAUGGGAUCCCUAACUUUCCACUACUAUCACGGAGCGCACGCGGUUAUCCUAGUAUUUGCUCUGAACGACAGUACUUCGUUUGAUUCGCUUGUUAUGUGGAAUGAGGACGCUUCGCGGUACUCUCCUGGCGACGUGAAACGAUUUCUGGUUGCGACCAAGUCCGACGUCGAAAAAGAUCAAAUAGACGUUUCGAAGGACAAAGUAAACUCUUUUUGCAGGAACAAAAAUAUCGCCGAAAUUUAUUACACUUCGGCGAAAACUGGCGAUGGUAUUGACGAAAUGUUUCAAAGUGUAAUGAAAUAUCUGUCGGGGUCUAUCGAGCAACAAUCUCCUGAGGACGAUAUAUGGGCGCUAACCUUUCCAACCAAAACUAAAGCGAAAAAAGGCUGCUCGUGUUAAUUUCACCAUAACAAGGGGGGAUUUCGUUUUAGGCCAAUCACCAGUUUGUUCACAUAUUCAUGCAAUAUCCCAAUCAGAAUGCGUGAAUACUGCAUGACUAUUUCUAGUACAUAUUUACCAUUUUAUUUAAAAUUAAAGUGUUGAAAAUUUAAACAUUCUGAUUGGCUUUGCUUGAAAAAUUGAAAAACGAAAUUCCUCCUUGUUUUCCACCGUACGCUCAGGCAUUCUUGUUAGUCAAUCGGUUUUUAUUUCUUAGUCGAGUCGUUUUUGUUAGUCAAUCGGUUUUUCUUCCUUUUAUUUCUUACCUGUGACCUCGUCGUCUCAAAGUACCUUUUUGGAGAAAUUAAAGUGGGAUUUUAGUUAGGUCCAGAGCAUCGGUAGCCAGGCAUGUUUACGAGUUGACAAGGAGCUCUGUUAAAAAGCUAGUCAUGCCGGUUGUUCAACAAGAGCUAGGGCUGUUCAUGCAGGGGGGGGGGCUCAACAUUUGGC